AUGCGGAGUCACGGCGGGGAUGGGCUGUCCCAGGUGUCCCACGAAGGGGUGCGUCGCAGUGUCACGCUGGUUGACCCCGCCGCGGCGCAGGACGUCGCCGUGCUGCUGUGGCUUGACGUCACGGAGGACGGGGACGGCGAAGGGGUCCCCUUGGCGGUGCGCGGGCGGCUGUCUAUAGGAGUGGUCGAGGCCGCUGCGACGGAGGCGGGCCGGGCAGAGACGGGAAUCCCCCCUUCUACGGUGGGGGGCAGCCCAAGUGAGGGGAGCCCCACCGCAACGGACCAGGCCGAGAGCGCGUUGAUCUGGUACGCCGAACGCCUUCGUCGGGAGCUGAUGCACAAGCGCGUCAUUAUUUCUGGGAUGAUACGUGUGGAGCAGCGGUACGAUGCGGAUGCGGACAAGUUUAUUGAGGUGCCGUACAUUCAAUUGCCGAGGGAUGGGCUGCGCAUGUCAUAUCACAUUAUCUCUUAG